AUGCCACGGGGCCCGGAAACCCCUGUGCAGGUAUGGGUGGGCGGCCAGCUCUUCCAAGCCGACCGCGCCCUGCUCGUUGAGCACUGCGGCUUCUUCCGCGGCCUCUUCCGCUCCGGCAUGCGGGAGGCGCGCGCGGCAGAGGUGCGCCUGGGCGUUCUGAGCGCGGGCGGUUUCCGCGUCACGCUGCAGGUGCUGCGCGGCGAGCGGCCGGCGCUGGCAGCGGAGGACGAGCUGCUGCAGGCCGUGGAGUGCGCUGCCUUCCUGCAGGCGCCGGCGCUAGCGCGCUUUCUCGAGCACAACCUCACGUCGGACAACUGCGCAUUGCUGUGCGACGCGGCUGCCGCCUUCGGCCUGCGCGACGUGUUCCACAGUGCAGCGCUCUUCAUCCGCGACGGCGAGUGCGACCUGGCAGCUGAGCUGGCGCUGCCCGAGGCCCGCUCCUACGUGGCGGCCCUGCGGCCCAGUAGCUACGUGGCCGUGAGCACGCACACACCCGCGCCCGGUUUCCUGGAGGAUGCGUCGCGCACGCUGUGCUACCUGGACGAGGAAGAGGACGCGUGGCGCACGUUGGCCGCGCUGCCCCUGGAGGCCAGCACGUUGCUGGCCGGGGUGGCCACGCUGGACAACAAGCUUUACAUCGUGGGCGGCGUGCGCGGCGCCAGCAAGGAGGUGGUAGAGCUGGGCUUCUGCUACGACCCUGACGGCGGCACGUGGCGCGAGUUCCCCAGUCCGCACCAGCCGCGCUAUGACAUAGCGCUGGCCGGCUUCGACGGCCGCCUCUACGCCAUCGGCGGCGAGCUCCAGAGGACGCCCGUCAGCUCCGUGGAGCGCUACGACCCGGCCGCGGGCUGUUGGAGCUUUGUGGCCGACCUGCCGCAGCCGGCCGCCGGCGUGCCUUGCGCCCAGGCGUGUGGCCGCCUCUUCGUGUGCCUGUGGCGGCCGGCCGACACCACCGCCGUCGUGGAGUACGCGGCGCGGACCGACGCGUGGCUGCCGGUGGCCGACCUGCGGCGUCCGCAGAGCUAUGGCCACUGCAUGGUGGCCCACCGCGACAGCCUCUACGUGGUGCGCAACGGACCUUCCGACGACUUCCUGCACUGCGCCAUCGACUGUCUCAACCUGGCCACGGGCCAGUGGACGGCGCUGCCCGGCCAGUUCGUCAACAGCAAGGGAGCACUCUUCACGGCCGUGGUGCGCGGCGACACCGUCUAUACGGUCAACCGUAUGUUCACGCUGCUCUACGCCAUCGAGGGCGGCACCUGGCGGCUGCUCAGGGAGAAAGCCGGCUUCCCACGGCCCGGCUCCUUGCAGACCUUUCUCCUAAGGCUGCCUGCUGGCGCCCCUGGGCCUGUGGCUUCGACAACGCCAGAACUGUGA